GGUGAAAAAGUGAAGGUGGGACUCAAAUUCUUUGUCCUCUGGGUUUACCGAACGCCGCGGGAAAGCGGAAUUCAUCCGUCAUCCGUCAACAACAAACACCCAGUUUGUCAUUAUUCGUAUAUUUUUCGUCUCAAUUAUUUUAUUCAAAUAAAUCCACUCCAAUCUACCUAAACCACUAAUUAAUCUCACAUGCAUCACAAUCGAGUCUAACUCAAAGUCAAUCAUACUUUUUUUCCUAGAAACGAUUUGAAAUCAUUCCUUCAAAUCCCACAUUAAUGGUAGGAUAUUCCGCCAUUUUAGGAUAAAAAAGAUCAACCUACUUACCAAGAAAGAUCUGAGUUCUGACGGGUCCAAGUUUGUUUUAGCAAUUGAUGGAGCUUAUGAAACCAUUUCAUCCUCCUCUCGUCAUGGUCACCGACGGCUAUUCUGGGUUUUCUCCUCCGGCGAUUUUCCGAGAUGGGUUUGACCGCAAUAGUCUUCCGGUGCCGGAUACCGUUGGUACUGAUAAGGUCUAUGUGGCUGUUGGGAAGUCGUUGGAAAAGGCUGUGUCUUUGUUCCACUGGACUUUCAGGAGGUUUAGAGGCCAAGAGAUCUGCAUACUCCAUGUUCAUCAACCUUCUCCCUUGAUUCCAACACUUUUGGGAAAACUACCGGCAGCUCAAGCGAACUCUGAUGUUGUAUGUGCAUAUAGAAGAGAGGAGAGGGAGGAGAUGGAGAAGCUUCUACUUGAUUACACGAGUCUUUGCGCCCGAUCAAAGGUUAAGGCAUGCGUUGUGACUACUGAAAAUGACCAAGUUCGUAAAGGAAUUGUGGAUUUAGUUAAUGAAUUUGGUGUACGAAAGCUUGUUAUGGGAGCUGCAUCGGAGAAUUGGAUGAAGGUGAAGAAAAACUCGAACAAAUCAAGUUUUGUCGCCAAAAAUGCCCCUCCAUUCUGUCAAGUUUGGUUCGUCAACAAAGGUCAACUUCUUUACACCAAAGAACCCACCGACGUCUAUGAUGCUCUGCCACCAUCAAUCCAUCAAGAUUCCGACACUUCAGAUCAGUCCAACACUUUAAGAUCUCAAUCUUUACGUUACCCCAGCAGUACUGAAAGGGAGUUGCAAGAAGUUUACCGUCGCUCCACCUCAACUGUAGGUUUCAUUUCCGGAAAUACGAGCGUGAUGAGUAAACAAGGUGAAGGAGACUGUUCAUACCGUUUACCAUCAAACACUUCUUCAGAUUCUGGAUAUUCAUCAUCUACUGAACUUGAUUUGAGAUUUGAAGAAGAAAGCUUAUACAAGAAACUUGAAGAAGUCAACAUUGAAGCCGAAGCAUCCAGAAAUGAAGCAUUUCAAGAGCUUCUAAAGAGGAAAAGAUUAGAAGCACAAGCUAGUGAAGCCUAUAACAAGGUGAAGGCUUAUGAGUCUGCUCAUGCUCAAGAAGUUGAACAAAGAAAAAUAGCCGAGGAUGAGCUGAAUGCUGCAAGACGAGAGCUUGAGCAACUGUUGGAACAAAGAGAAAUAGCAUCAAAAGAACUGCGUAACGCGAUGAGAAACAUAGCAAUCUUAGAGAAUCAAGUACAAGAAGCAAACCGUAACCGAGAAGAAUCCGCCGAAGAAUUGAAACUCAUCCAAGCGUCUAUCGCAACUCUAAAGAUCGAAAAACAAACAGUUCAAAGACAAAGAUUUGAGGCAGCAAAGUGGCUCGACAGGUGGAAAAUUCGUGGGCAAGCCGGAGGUGCAUCUUCUACGGAUGGAUACACUGAAGCUACAUCAACAACUGGAAGAUUAAUGGAGUUUUCGUUGUUGGAUUUGGAAAAUGCAACUUUUAAUUUCUCCGAGAGCUUCAAGAUUGGAUGUGGAAGAUAUGGGUGUUCCAUCUAUAAAGGCGAAAUGUCGAAUAGAACAGUCAUGAUAAAGAUGCUACAUCCGAAUAACUUGCAAGCACAAUCGGAAUUUCAACAGGAGGUGCAAGUUGUUGGGAAGCUGCAGCAUAAGCAUAUCUUGAGUUUGAUCGGCAUAUGUCCUGAAGCCUAUGCCCUUGUUUACGAGUACAUGCCCAGGAGCCUUGAGAGUCAUGUUUCUAAUAAAAGCAAAUCGUAUUCCAUGUACUGGAAAACCCGCACUCGAAUCAUUUCCGAAAUUGCGAAUGCCCUUUUGUUCUUACACACUUCCCGACCCAAAAAGAUUCUACACGGCGAUUUAAAGCCCGAGAAUAUCGUUCUUGAUUCCGAACUCUCCAUUAAACUAUGCAAUUUCAGAUUCUCGACAUUGGUCAACGAGGAAACACUCCGCUGUCGUAGUUUUCGCCAAUAUGCAGAACCAAAUGGACCCUUGUUGUUUACUGAUCCGGAGUUUCUUCAAACUGGAACUUUGACAGCAAAGUCUGAUAUUUAUUCUUUUGGGAUGAUCAUCUUGUGGCUACUCACAGGAAGUCGGUCAGCUGGGUUAGUCAAUGAAGUGAAGAAGGCGGUUUCGUGUUGUAAUUUAGGCUCAAUCUUGGAUGCGUUGGCUGGCGAAUGGCCUAGCUUUGUAGCCAAGCGGUUGGCUGAUUUGGGUUUACGAUGCUGUGAAUCGUACGCUAGAGACCGGCCUGUGGUCUCCCCGAUUUUGGUUAAAGAACUGGAGCAGCUGGCUCUUUUAGAAGAGCGGCGAGUGCCAUCUUUUUUCCUGUGUCCCAUUCUAAAGGAAAUCAUGCACGAUCCUCAGUUGGCGGCAGAUGGAUUCACGUACGAAGGUGACGCGUUGCGUGGAUGGUUGAAAAACGGGCGUGAAACGUCUCCGAUGACAAACUUAAGGCUUAGCCACUUGAAUCUUACUCCAAAUCAUUCACUUCGGAUUGCGGUUCAAGACUGGCUGUGCAAUCCUUGAGCAUGUACUCUGUAUGGUUGUACUUUGCGCCUUAUCACUUGUACCAUUAUCGAACA